GGAGGAUCAAAAGGAACGUAAGAUGAAGAACAGUCUGAUGAUGUUGGGGCUGUUUGUGAUCACAGCGAUGGUCACAGAUGUCUCGGGUGCGGUUGUGACUCACUGUAAUGCGUGUCACGAGCGCUCGACCUGCAUCCCUGUGCUCAAACCUGGUCAGUUGGCUUCCACCGCAACGUAUUUUAACUGCUCCUGCUCGAAGGGUUUCGCUGGUAAUGGGUUAACCUGUUUCAACAUCACCGCCUGCAGUGGGGCAGACUCACCGUGUUGUAGCCAUGGAUACCGCUGGACGGCUGAGCUGGGCUGUGUGGACAUUGACGAAUGCUCCGCCGCUCAGAGUCCGUGUGUGGCUCCACUCAAGUGUGAAAAUAUGCCCGGGUCAUUCGCAUGUCUGUUACCCCCGGUCAAUGCCAACCCCACCUCCAACCCGCGGUCAGUGCAGUUCAGCUGCGGGAACACCGUGUGCAACCUCGGCCAGGACUGCAUCGCCGUCAAUGGCCAGCUGCGCUGUGCCGACCCCUGCCAGCGGUACACCGCCCUAGACGAACCUUGGCGUGCCACCAACUUCAAGACUGACAGCAACGUUCGCUGUGACCUCGGUGUAAACUGGCAAGGCUGGUACAGGAUUUUCCUGAACGGUGCCACCGUGCAGAUGCCGGAGCGAUGCAUCGCCUCACAGAUGAGUGGAACCCACGUGCCCCUCUGGCUGAAGAGCCCACAUCCCGUCACCUCAGACGGCGUAGUCAGCGGUAACGUUUGUGGAAACUGGACAAAUGGUUGUUGUAGCUUUGAGUUCCCCAUCCACAUCAAGGCCUGUCCAGGAAACUACUUCGUCUACAAGUUCAUCAGGCCACCCGUUUGCUUCCUGGCAUACUCUGCAGAUAACAACACUAAGGUGUGUAGCACCUGCAGAGAUGGGACGUCCUGCGUCAGUGAGGACAAGAUCAACUGGAGGUGUGAAGCACAAGAUCCGGUGCGUCUGUCGGGUGGUCCACACGCGUGUGCCGGGCGAGUAGAACUAAAUCACAGUGGCCGUUGGGGGACUGUAUGUGAUGACGACUGGAACAUGAACGCUGCUACAGUGGUUUGCAGGCAGCUGGGGUGUGGUCGGCCUCUCUCGGCCCCUGUGAACGGACAAUUUGGCCCCGGCAGCGGCCCCAUCUGGAUGGACAACACAAACUGUCUGGGCUCUGAGAGACACCUGGGCCAGUGCAAACACAACGGAUUCGAAAAACACAACUGUGGACACUACGAGGAUGCUGGUGUUGUCUGUGAAGUGCCCAGUCCGCCUCCCAUGCUGGCGUUAGUGUGUGAACAGACCCUGAUCAGGGUGGGUCUGCCGCUUCUACACAUCGUCCCUGAGCCAUUCAACACCACGUCAGGUCACAUGGCCGACCCUAACUGCUUCGCCCGGCGCAAGACCAACGGCACAGUGUGGUAUGAGGUCGCCCGCAGGGGUGGAGCUUGUGGGAAUGUGCUGAGGACCAACACUACACACGCCAUCUACUCAAACACACUGUUCUUGUAUCCUGCUAAAGCGGGAAGUAAUUUCUCUCUGCCGUCCGGGUUUCCAUUCUCCUGCGUGUAUCCUCUGGAUUCUCAGACCAGCAUGGAUUUAGCGGUCAGACCGUACCUGUCAAUGCAGGAAAUGGGCGUGGUUGCUUUAGGAACGGGCGCCAGCGCCUCCAUGUCCCUGUACCGCAACGGCAGUUUCCUGGAGUCGUACCCAGCGGGCGCAGUCGUUCUGCCUGUGGGGUCUCCACUGCACGUGGCCAUCAGGGUGGCAGAGGUGGAGGCGGAACGCUUUGUGGUCAUUGUGGAGGAGUGUUACAUCACACAAACAGCAAACGCUAAUGAUCCGCAGAGAUACGUCGUCAUUCACAACCGGUGUCCGAGCGACAGUCACAUGGUGUCGAUGUUGGAGAACGGCGUGUCUUUACGCGUGCGGUUCACAGCUCUGCUCUUCCUGUACCCGCGCAGCUACAAUGCCAUGUUCCUGCACUGCGGCCUCAGUCUGUGCGACCACACGUCUGAAUCCUGCUCAACAAAAUGUUUGACACGAAGCGUUCGUUCAAUCAACAACCACAAAUCUGUCACUGUUGGGCCGAUCACCUGGAUGAAGGACGGACAGUAAAAUAUUCCGGAGCAGAUUUCACCGGAUCAAAAUCAUUUGCUGUGACUCGACACUUUUCUAUCUUCACUCAGAAUGACAUUUUGGGACAUUUCACAAUCAAGUGGAAAACACUUUCUGAUUUGACAAUUUAUUUAUGAUAAUAAAAUGAUUUGUGAUUAUAAUGUGAAGAUACUCUAGAUCUAUUUAAUGUUUUUGUUUAUUUGAUUGUUUUACUCUGUUUGUUUACAGUAUAUUUACUCUGUGUGUACUGCUCAGUAAAUGUGAACUGCUUUCUUUACAUUAAACUUCAUUU